AUGGAGCUAUCGGGCGCCGUCGUCGCGGCCGUGGCGCGCCGCGCGAGUAUCAACCAUUCGCCGGAGCCUCUCGCCGGAAAGGUCGUCAGCAUCAUUGUCGCCAUGAUAUCAGCCUGUUUACUCGCUACUCUCUUUAUAAUGCGAUGGCUGUCAGUAAAAGACUGGAAGAUACUGCCCUGGACCAUGUGGCUCGUGAUAUUGAUCUACUUCUUUUCCUUUUUAUUUGUUUUCGGUACUUCCAUCCUCCAGUUUGGAUUUGGGGCCGACCUCAACUUCCACACAUGCUCCGCGGCCACUCUCUUCUGCCUGGGGGCAUAUGUCACAACAAAGUUCAUCUACCUCUUCAUGGUGGACCGGGCUCACAUUAUUCGCCAAACGAGAAAAAGCCGCCUGAAGUCGAAGCUUUACCUUACCAACUCGUUUGGCAUGCUCGGAGUGUUCGUCCUCAUUGUCAUCAUGAACUUUAUCUUCCGAAUUACACAUUUCGAGAACGGCAUCUGCAUCAUCGGAAUGGAACAACCAGUGCUGCUGCCACUCAUUUCGUUUGACGCGGCCGUGAAUGUUUAUCUUACCAUUUUGUUCCUGCUGCCCCUAUUGAGCCUCCACUCCGUAAAGUACAACUUCUGGAAGCCGUGGACAUUGGACUGGCGAAAUAGACGGAUACCGCGCGCUCCGCCAAAUAUAAGACUGCGGAAACUCGUCAUCCGUACCUUCAUCGGGUCAUGCUGCACACUUUUGAGCAGCGUAACAAAUCUCACGGUUCUCAUGGCCCUAAACGGCGAAGUCGCAUGGCUUUGCUUGCUGUGCUGCAACACUGACAUCUGUUUCUCCGCUCUCGUCAUCAACUGGAUCACAUCUCCCGGCCAAGAGUCGACGCUGCGGACGCUGACGCGGCCGUCGCGCGGCAUUUCCACGCUCCACCCGGACGAGGCGGCGAGCAUCCCUCUCGAUCCCGACGGCAGCAGCAUCGGCACCGCCAGAAAGACGUGGGAGCAGCGACGAACCAAAACACCAACAACGAUAGGUCCCGACUCUGUUGAUGGCCACGACGACGACGAUGCCGAGCAGGACCAGCAUCGAGACGACGGGUAUGAGCGCGACGCCAGGCGGGACGACAACCACGACGAGGAAGAUGAGGAAGAGCAUGUCUGA